AUGCCCCUAGCAGGGACUCCUGCUCCUCUUAAAAGGAAAAAGCCCACAAAACUCAUUGGGAAGCUGACACACGAAGUCAUGCCGCAAGAGGGACUGAACCUGGGGAAGAAGAUCAGCAUCCCCAGAGAUGUGAUGCUGGAAGAACUUUCUCUCCUCACUAACAAAGGAUCCAAGAUGUUCAAAUUACGUCAACUGAGGGUGGAGAAGUUCAUUUAUGAGAAUAACCCCGAUGCCUUCACCGACAAUUCUGUGGAUCACUUCCAGAGGUUCAUCCCACCAGGAGGGCAUUAUGGAGAAGAUGCUCAUGGUUAUGGCCACGGGCGGAUGGUAGGAGGAGUGACAGCAGGGCAUCAUGGCUCCAGUAAGCAGCACUAUUCCACCGUUCCUCCUAGGCCUGGAAGCAAAGGAGGUCCUGGAGACAGCGAAGGGGAGCAUGCAGAAAAAUCUGCUGGAAGUGCUGGAGAAGGAGGUCACGGUACCGAGAAAGAUGGAAAAUCAGGAGGCAAAAAACCUCUGUUUAAAACUUACAUCUCCCCCUGGGAACGAGCAAUGGGCAUCAGCCCUGAGGACAAAAGUCAAAUGACCAUUGACUUAUUAUCAUAUAGUCCCAAAGCUGAUUUCCCCCAUUACAAGUCUUUUAACAGGACUGCCAUGCCAUAUGGGGGUUAUGAGAAAGCAGCCAAACGGAUGACCUUCAAAGUGCCUCAGUUCGAUAUUUGCCCUUUGCUUCCAGAAUCUAUUGUGUUAUAUAAUCAAAAUUUCAGAAACAGACCCUCCUUCAACAGAACCCCAAUACCUUGGAUGCCUUCAGGAGAGUCCUCUGAGUACCACACCGACAUCAAUGUGCCGAGAAGUGGUGAAACAGAAGAGCUGUAA